AUUCAGGAGUAACAACAAUAAACAUUAAACGUCUUCCGUGAGAGGUUAAUAACAUAUUUAAAACUAUCUAAAGACCUUUUAAGGGUUUAGUGUAAGAAUUUACGUAAUAUCAUCAAAGUUUACAAAAACAUAAUAAUAUAUUUGUCUUCAAAAUUAUCUUAUCAGUCAUUUCGCGUUUAACUUUCAAGUCUUAAGUUCUUGCUCGGUUAGUAAGUUAGAGAAGAUGCCACUGCCAGCCAAAGCAGAAGAUAUUUUGAAGGGUUUCAAACUAAACUGGAUGAACCUUAGAGAUGCAGACACAGGAAAGGUCUUGUGGCAGGGAACUGAGGAUCUAUCUAAACCAGAUGUUGAACAUGAAGCAAGGGUUCCUAAAAAGAUUCUGAAAUGUCGAGCUGUCUCGCGUGAGAUAAAUUUUUCUUCAGUUGAGACAAUGGAAAAAUUUCGUCUAGAGCAAAAAGUUCUUUUCAAAGGUCGCUGCCUUGAAGAGUGGUUCUUUGAAUUUGGUUUUGUGAUUCCUAACUCCACGAACACUUGGCAGUCAUUGAUUGAGGCAGCUCCUGAGUCCCAGAUGAUGCCAGCCAAUGUGUUGAAUGGGAAUGUGGUAAUAGAAACCAAGUUCUUUGAUGAUGAUCUCCUAGUCAGCACUUCUAAAGUGAGAUUGUUUUAUGUAUAGUAAUAAAAGUAGUUUGUGUCUACUUGCUUCAGAAUGUGUGUGAUUAACCAAUAUGUUUAGCAAAAUACACUCCUUCACAGUAAGUCAUUUUUAGUGAGAAGUUGAUUCUAGCCAGCACUUUGUUGACAUGUAACUUUCCACACAGAUUUUUUUUACAAAAUUUGAUUCUGAAGUACAUGUGGUUACUCUCUCAAAGUUUAUGUUCCCCCUCCCCCAGAUGGAAAGUAUGAAUUAAGAAAAAAAUCAAAGAUUAUUAACAUGCGUAAAUGAAUGUAUUUAUGCUUGUAUUGUUCAAUCAUAAACAAGUUUACAUGUUACAAAAAAAAAGAAAAAUGCAUCUCCUAAAAGUUAAAAAAACAAAACAAUUAUGACAAAGUUUAGUUUGUAUGUUUUAUGCUUCAAAUUGGAAUGCUAUGAAGUUAAUGCAUACUUCGUGAUUAAAGUUUGCUUAGUUGACAUAAUUGUCAUUGUUUCUCAGAUGAUUCUGGUUUCUCUUUUUAUAAUUUUUUUCGAAAAAAAAGUUUGAUUUUAUAUUUUAAAGUGAAAUUGUUAACCAAGGUGAUAAG